AUGUACUUCACCACCCACCUGCGCGACCAGCACACCGUGUCCGCCUCUCUGUGCGCUGCCCACUGCCAAAGCCCCGCAAAAGCACCCUCCAAAAGGAACCCCGCCGACUCGUCUGCCCACACCAGCUCCGACUCUGAUUCCGACCUUUUUCACGGCCAGGGCGAAGAAGCACCAUCCGCACCAGCACCACCAUCCGCACCUGCACCUGCACCUGCACCCUCCCCGCAAGCAUAUCCACGCGCCACAGGCCAAUCGUCCGCCGUCGCCUCGCCCGCCCCGGAAAAAGCCCAGCUGCGUGUCGUGGGCCUAUUGCCCGACCGCGCACACGACGUGCCUCCGCCACCCUUCCCCCAUGCGCCUGCCAACACUUUCAAAAAGCCCCAUGGAUCCACUCGAAUCCAACAGCAAAUGGCUGGCCCGCCUGUCCACCUGUACGCUGUCGACCCCGCUCCCACGCACGACCCCCACGACGCCCUCAAAAGGUCCCAUCUCGACAACCUCUCCACACUAAUGCACUCGUGUCUGCUCAAGGGAGACCAUGACCGCGCCAGCCGGGCCUGGGGCAUCAUCUUGCGCACCCAAAUUGCUGGUGGAACCCACGUCGACCCUCGCAACAAUGGCCGCUGGGGCGUCGGCGCCGAGAUUCUUCUUCGACGCAACCCGCAAACGCCACGCCCACACUCCGACGACGCACCCCAGCCGGCUCACCAACCUGGUCUUUUUUCUCCAGAGGGCUUCGAAUUAGCUCGGAAUUACUACCAACGUCUCAUUGUCCAGUACCCAACCCGGAAAACACAGCCGCAUGCCGUCGACGAGCGCAUCUUCUAUCCACCCAUGUUCUCGCUGUGGAUCUACGAGGUGCGCGAAAAGAGCAAGCGUGCAAGGAUGCGGCUGCAGGACGAGCUUGCCAACCGAUCCGUAACGUCGAGGAGCAUGUCGGUUGACAGUGCUGCUUCCGGAAGACCGGAUGACUCUGCUGCAAGGGAAGAGGCAAUCCGUACGGACGAGUUGGCUCAGGCCACCGAGAUUGCUGAGCGUCUUGACCAAGUCAUUGCAUCGCCGCCCUUUGACAGACAGGCAAAUCUUGUCCAACUGCGUGCCAACAUUGCCCUGUGGAUCAGCGACCUUGCCCUCGGAACACUCGACGUCGACGAAGACUGGGAUGCUGAAUUUCCUGCACAAAUCAGCGCAAACAGCAGCAUCCCCUUUUCAAACAGAAUCCAGCGUUUGUCCAAUGCCCGCAGAGAGCUCAAGGAAGCCCACGCUUGCUUCGAGCGGGCUGCAGCAAACGGCGCCAAAGUGCAGGCUCCACUUCUUUCCAGCAUCAACCUGAGACUCACCCAACUGACCAAGUACUUGGACAAGUUGCAACCUCGCCAACUAUACGACGACGACGACAACAACAACAACAACAACAACGAUGACUACUACUAG